GUCAUUCUGUGAUGUCAUUUAUGUCAAUCAAUUGUCGAGUGCACUGCAUUACAAAAAUUAAAAAUAUAUUGUUGCAUUGAAAAUGUGUAAUUUAGCUUGAUAAUUUCUAGUAAAUAUUAGUGUAGUCACAAAAUGGCUCUGUCGUGUAGGAUUUUACAUACAAGCAAUUUGUUUUUUCGUAACAUAACCAAACCGGUGAAAUGGAGUGUGCGGAAACACUGUCCUGUAAGACUCUUCUGCAACGGCGUACGAUAUCAAAAUAGUAUUUUAGACAGACCUUUAUUAGUGGGAAAGGAAUAUAGAAUAUUAGCAAGGCCCGUUCGACAGUGCACAACUCAAUCUGGCGAUCCUAAGAGCCCGCAAGAGCCAGAGAAGAAACCAGGUCUUAUACAAAGGUUUAAGCAAAUGUAUAAAGACUACUGGUACGUCCUUCUCCCUGUGCACAUGACAACAUCAGCUAUAUGGUUUGGUGGAUUUUAUUACUGCGUGAGCAGUGGAGUAGAUGUCGUCAGCCUGAUGGAAUCAAUGGGCAUUAGUGAGAAAUUGCUCAUACCAUUGCGAGAGACUGGUGCAGGAUACUUUGCACUUGCACUAGCCUGUUAUAAACUUAUAACACCUCUGAGAUAUGCAGUUACUGUUGGUGCAACCACAUAUGCUAUAAAUAGACUGACAGCCUUUGGAUGGAUUAAACCAGUCCCUUCAAGGGAAAGACUUAAGGAGAUGAUUCAAGAAAAGAAGGAUAACAUUCAAGAUAGAUUUCAGGAAAGUAAGCAACACUACCAGACCCAAAUACAAGAGAAAAAGACCCAAGUCAUGGAUGAAAUGCAGCGAUAUAAGACAGAAAUGAAAAAUAUAAAAAAUAGAGUUAAAAAAAUGUAAAUUAUCCUCUUUUUUGGAAUAUUAGAAGUUUCAUAAAGCUUUAAUAGCCAGUCCUUUGCUAUGUAUAAUUUACUUUAGUGAACGGGGAAAUCUUAAAAUCUUUAUACAAAAUAAUUAUAGUUUUAAAAUAUUUAUUGUUAAAAAUAUAUAAAUACAAAAGUAUUAUUUAACAAAAUUAUUUUUAUUUAAUAGAAAGAAUUUUAUGAUAAACACAUUUCAAUUGUCAAAAUGUACAGACAUCAUAAACUAAAUACAAUUAAGUAAGUACCUACAAAACUGGACAGCACAUAACUGGAAUGUUUAAUGGUGCUAUUUUUCUUCUAGUUUAUAAUCACAAGUAUGUAUAAAUAAAGUAAGAAGGUAGUUCUUAAUAGAGCCAGAUGUGCUGUCUCUUGUGUGAAAAUAAAAUUAAUAAAUGCAUCAAAAAUAUUAAAAAUAA